AUAGGAGGGAGGGAGGGAGGAAGUCUGUCUUUUCACCUGAAGAUUACUUUGUAUCACACUUCUCUCACCCUGAGCGCUGGAAGGAACAGCGAGGAAGGAGCUGAGUUGAUCAGGAGGUGCCAGCACUUGCUCUCUGUUUUUUUUCCCCCUCUUCUGCACGGGGGUCAGCUGGACUUCUCUGUAAAAAAAAAAAAACUAAAACAAAGCCACUGAUCAGCGUCUACUGGAAAGACUGAGAAAUAGAAGCUGGCACGUCUAGGAUAGAAGACUAAAAAAGUGAGAAAACUGCAGUAAAUGACACUGGCCGCAAAGGAAGAGAAGUUUGACUGAAAAUCUACUCCUGAGGGCUUUCAAAGUACCCAGGAAGAAAGGAACCCGGAACAACGGCACUGGUGAAGAAAGAGGAAAAAUCUUUUCAAAUACUACUCUGUGCUUAACAAUGGGAGACCGGUUGCAUCUUCCAGCAGUUGCCAGAACCUUGCUCCCUUUGGCCCUUGGCAUUUUGACCCUUCUGCCUCACAUCCUUCUGGGUAAACCCGCGGAGGAGGAAAAUGCAGGCAGCUCAGCACUGCUCCAGAGGGUGAAGAGAGGCUGGGUGUGGAACCAGUUCUUUGUCCUGGAGGAGUACACUGGGCUGGAACCACUUUAUAUUGGAAAGCUCCACUCAGACAUGGAUAAAGGCGACGGCUCCAUUAAGUACAUCCUGACGGGCGAGGGCGCGGGCACCACCUUCACCAUCGACGACAGCACGGGGGACAUCCACGCCAUCCAGAGGCUGGACCGGGAGGUGAAGGCCCAGUACAUCCUCCGUGCCCAGGCCCGGAACCGCCUGACGGACAGACCUCUGGAGCCUGAGUCCGAGUUCAUCGUCAAGAUCCAAGACAUCAACGACAACGAGCCGAGGUUUCUGGACGGGCCGUACCAGGCGUCUGUACCCGAAAUGUCUAAAAUAGGAACAUCUGUGAUCCAGCUGACGGCCACAGAUGCCGACGACCCCACGUAUGGCAACAGUGCUCGUGUGGUCUACAGCAUCCUGGAAGGCCAGCCUUACUUCUCAGUGGACGCCAAAACUGGCGUGGUCCGCGUGUCCCUGGCAGAUAUGGACCGGGAGACAAGAGAAAACUACACUGUGGUCAUCCAGGCCAAGGACAUGGGUGGCCAACUGGGGGGGCUCGCUGGUACCACCACUGUCAACAUCACGCUCAGUGACAUCAAUGACAACCCGCCCAUGUUUGACCAGAGGCUGUAUCAGAUGAGUGUCCCAGAGUCGGCUCCUGUGGGUUCAGUGGUGGGUCGGAUCUGGGCGAAGGACAGGGACAUCGGGUUCAACGCUGAGAUGAAGUACAGCAUCAUCGAUGGAGAUGGAAGGGACACAUUUGACAUCAGCACUGACCCCACCAACCUUUUUGGCAUCAUCUGUGUGAAAAAGCCACUGGACUUUGAGACCAAGCCCAGCUAUACUCUGAAGGUGGAGGGCGCCAACACCCACCUGGACCCUUCCCUACGCCACCGCGGGCCCUUCAAGGACGUCACCAUCGUGCACGUGAGCGUGGAGGACGUGGACGAGCCCCCGCUGUUUGACUCACCAGCGUACUACAUCGAGCUGCCAGAGGACGCUGAGAUCGGGACUGUGUUGAAGACGGUGUCAGCGAGGGAUCCCGAUGCUGCCAACAACACUGUGAGGUAUUCCAUCGAGAGGUCCAGUGACCCCGAGAAGUACUUCUACAUCGAAAUCACUUCCGGGUCACUGAUGACGUUGCGUUCACUGGACCGAGAGGAGAUUGGCUGGCACAACAUCACUGUCCUCGCCAUGGAAAUGAAUAACCCCACACAGAUCGCGAGUGUGUCGGUGGCUGUGAGGAUCCUGGAUGUGAACGAUAAUCCUCCCUCGCUGACACACUACCUGGAGGCUUAUGUGUGUGAAAACGCCAAAGCUGGGCAGCUCAUCCAGACGGUGACGGCGGUGGAUCCAGACGAGCCGCUGGGUGGACAACACUUCUACUACAGCUUGGCUCCAGAGGCCGCCAACAACCCCAACUUCACCCUGAGAGAUAACCAAGACAACACAGCGUGGAUCCUGACGCGUCGCGGAGGCUGGUCACAGCAGGACCAGACCGUCUUCUACUUGCCCAUCUUCAUCUCUGAUGGCGAGCAGCCGGUCCAGACCAGCACCAGCACGCUGACCAUCCGUGUGUGCAGCUGCGACCAGGAGGGCAACGUCAUGUCGUGCAACGCCGAGGCGUACAGCCUGCCCGCAAGCCUGAGCAGAGGAGCUCUCAUCGCCAUCCUAGCCUGCAUCUUUGUGCUGCUGGUGAUGAUUCUGCUCAUGCUUUCCCUGCGCACCCACCGCAAGAAGCCCUACCUGUGCGACGAGGAGGAGAACGUCCACGAGAACAUCGUCCGCUACGACGACGAAGGUGGCGGUGAGGAAGACACCGAAGCCUUCGACAUCGCCGCCAUGUGGAACCCACGUGAGGCGCACCACCACCUGGGCAAGAUGAGACAGGAUAUGCUGCCGGAGAUCGAGAGCCUGUCACGUUACGUCCCUCAGGCGUGUGUCAUGGGCGGCGGCAGUGGGGACAGUAACGUUCAUGGAUAUGUGCUGGCGAAGCUCCUGGAGGCUGACGUAGACCCGUGCGCCCCACCUUACGACUCCCUGCAGACCUACGCCUAUGAGGGGGAAGGCUCAGUCGCUGAGUCGCUCAGCUCGCUCCAGUCGGGUACGUCCAAUACGGACCACGAGUACGACUAUCUGAACGACUGGGGACCUCGCUUUAAAAAACUCGCCGAGAUGUACGGCGUGCUGGAGACAAACAGUCCUCCAAUGUGGUAGAACACCAGAACCAUUGCCUUUUUAAUCUGAGAUGAGUUACGCCGACAAAAAGAUAAAGAGAGACAAAAACAUCAGAGAAGUGACACAAAAAGACUAAAAAUGUGCGAGGAAAUACACAAUAAAGCCUGGAUGUGCUCAUGUUCACAUCCAUGACUGUUAGCACUUGAAUUCCUGCCGAAGCCUCGAUUCUCCACAGCCUUGAAGGCCUGAGAUGCUCGCAGCAGCAGCAGUGUGAGCUGGUUUUAAAUCUCCCCCAGAGACGGGCUUCAGAGACGGGCUUGGAUUGGCAGCCGCGCAAGGCCUGCAAAGGAACGGCUUCAAAGCACAUGUUAACUCCCCCGCCUGACCCAGCCACAGGCAGAGCCCCUUUGGUUCAAAGUGUUGAGCGAUUUAUGCGAGAGAUGAAAACGAGAGAGAGGGGACUACCUUACUAACAGCGGCACAGGAGACAAACUCUGAAAUGCUGAUCCACCGUUCUGAGUUUGUGCUUUUAUACGACCCAACAACACUGAGGGGGUAAAAUGAAAGCGAAAAGUCAUUGCUGCAAUCGGGGAUGUGUUCUUUUCUGUUUCAUCUGUGGCAGGUCUUAAUUUAUUUCUUUGUUCCAUGUGCUGUAUUUAUAUUUUUUGAUAACUUAUUUGGGUACAAACCAACACUGUACUUAAACUGCCGCUAUGUGAGGAAAUCUUUAAAAGAUCACAUAUAUGUUGUAACAUACAUGAUGUAACUGCCCUUGUUUCCAGUCUGUGUGAUAAAAAGUUUUUCCACGCAUCUCUAAAUGUCACAUGACAUGCACAGGAGAUGGCUAUGUGUAAUCCCGUGUGGGUUUUCCAGGUUGAUAUGUUUAUUGUAUUAUUGUUUUUGUAUCAUUUUUGAGCUAUUUGUAUUGUAACUUUUUCCCAAAAACAUAAAGCAGUUAUGCAUUCAUAAGGAUUUAAGGGAAGCCAUUUUUGAAGAUCUUUUGAUGGAACUGGAUAUAUCCCUGCAGGACGGUCAAAUGUUACUUAAAGUUGUAGCUCGUACUUGGAUGAGCACACAACCGAAUCGCCUUUCAUUUCGGAUCCACCACCGUGCCAACCAGAGUCCGACGGCAAUGAGGCUUGAUCUGUCCUGUUAGAGAUACUGCGUUUCUUUUCUGCCACCACACACACGUGGCUUAACCCUCCAAUCCUGUGGACUUCAGAGACAUUGAUAAUCUGCAUCAAGUGCCAAAUGUAAAAAGGACAAAAAAAGACGUUUUGGAUGAAAAGGUAAAAAGAAAAAACAUCAAAACACCAAAAGACUAAAAAGGAUUUUACAAACUGCGCGGGAAGUGAAGGUACAUUUUGAUAAUUUGAUUGGGUGAAGUUUACUUGAAAUCUAUGUGGUCAGUCAUGCUACAUUAAGUGGUA